AUGUCCUUCGAUUCGAACGACGCGGACAUGCCUGGUCCGCUCCCUGACGUGGGCUUCACCGACCUUGCUGGCGCCUCCGCGCAGGAGUGCUGGGAGCGUCUCAGCCUCCAGCUCAGUGCCUACAACAAUGUCAUUGCCAUUGCCGCAAUCGAGUACGAUAACUGGCCCCACGAUUUCAAGAUUGCCCUGCUUCAGAUUAUGAUGGAGACUACUGGCUACCAGGAUGUCCGUUUUGUCCGCGACUCCGGCGGCCCGCGAGUCUUUCUUGGAGCUGUCGAGCACCUUACCAACGCCAACAUCACUGUCGUCGAGAUGCCCGGCUACGAUCUUCCAGUCACUCUGUUGCGAAGCAACCUCUGGAACGCCGACAAUCAGCAGCAGCAGCAGCAGCCUGCUCUUCAGUAUGGCGCGCCGCCGCCGUUCCCCAUGCCCGGCCAGAGCGAGGACGCCGUGGCCCCUGAGCACGAGACGCCCACGAAGCGAAGCUCGGCCCGCAAGCGCAAGGCGGCCACGACCAAGACGCCUGGUUCCAACAAGCGCGGCACCGGCAGCGCCCGGAACAACAAGAAAGACGGACCUGGCACGGGCGGCAUCGACGUCAACUUGGCUCGUCUGCCCCAGCCGGACUUUGGUCGCGCAAUCGACGGCGCCAACGCCGGGGACUAG